AUGGUUUCAAACGAUGAAUGGAGAAGUGGCUCUAGGGGCAUCAGGCCUGUUCGGAUAGCGAAUUGCUCUGGCUACCAUGGCGACCCGCCAAGAGAAAUGUACAAACAGGCAACUCUCGGAGAUGUCGAUUUCAUCACCGGGGAUUACUUGGCAGAGGUGAACAUGGCCAACAAUGCCGAGGCUUAUGCACAAGGAAAGCACAACGGCUAUGAGGAGACUGCCUGGGAAGGCUUACUUCAAGCUAUUGACGUUGUUGCGGAUAAACGCAUCAAAGUUGCAAUCAAUGGAGGGGCCCUAAAUCCCGGAGGCCUUGCCUCGAAAGUGGCCGAUUUGGUGCGUGAAAGAGGCUACGACCUGAAAGUCGCCUAUGUUUCUGGGGAUAAUGUCCUACCGAAAUUGGGAAAACAUAUGCCUCAGCAAAAAGAGGAAGCGCUGGCUCAUCUUGAUUCUGCCAACCAGCAUGUCACCUUGACUUCCGAGUCGUUCAUGUUCACCAAGAAAGACAGAGAGCCAAGAGAAAUCGUCUCAGCCAAUGCCUAUCUCGGCGCCCAUGCCAUUUAUGAGGCCCUGCAGAAGGGCGCUGACAUAGUCAUAUGCGGCCGGGCUUCGGAUGCGAGCCCCGUCAUCGCUUGCGCGUGGUACUGGUGGUCUUGGAACAGCACGAGCUACGACAAACUAGCGGGGGCUCUCGUCGCCGGGCACUUGAUCGAGUGCUCGGCAUAUGUCACUGGUGGGAACUUCUCCGGGUUUGAAAAUUUCGACCUUGAUCACUUCGUCAAUCCGGGUUUUCCGAUUGCAGAGAUUUCACAAGACGGAACAUGUAUCAUUACGAAGCAUGCUGGUACAGGUGGUAUGGUAACUGUUGAUACCUGCAGAAGCCAGCUUUUGUACGAGCUCCAAGGCAAUGCCUACCUCAACAGCGAUGUCAAGGCAUACUUGGACGGCGUUGUGAUGGAGCAGAUUGAGGACAAUAGGAUUCGUGUUUCUGGGGUUCGUGGUGCUCCACCACCUGAUACCACAAAGCUUGCCGUCUUUUACAAGGGUGGCUAUGAGCUCCAGGCUCUGUUCAAUGCUACAGGUCAUUCUUACGAAAGGAAGGCUGCCCUCUUUGAAAAGCAGAUCAGAGCCCUGAUCGGAGAUGACAUCUUGAAGGAUUUUGACGUCUUGGAGUUUCAACGGAUUGGUGUCCCUGCAAGCAACCCGGUAAAUCAGAACAGCAACACGAUUUACAUCCGCGUUUUUGCCCAGUCAACCAAGCCGGACGCUCUCAACGCGAUCAACCACGCAGUGCGUGACAUUUCAUUGCGGCACUAUUCCGGUUUUCACGCCUCCUUGGACUCGCGCGCCUUAGCUCCACGUCCUUAUCUUGCAUAUUAUCCCGCACUGUGGCGUCAGCACGAUCUCGAGGAGCGUUUCCAUUUCGUGAAUUCGGACGGCACAACAACAGCCUUCGACACGACACCACCGCCCAAGUUUGAGGAUCUUGGUGACCGUGAAUCAUAUGACACCAAAACACCUGUUCAGAUCCAAGGCGACCUGAAAACCGUUCGUCUUGGUCAAGUUGCCUAUGGGCGCUCCGGGGACAAGGGAGCCAAUCUGAAUUUCGGAUUGUACGUUCAAACACAGGCCCAAUGGGACUGGCUGCGAUCGUACAUGUCUCGCGCCAAGGUGCAAGAGAUGAUGGGGGACGAUUGGCAGACAGACUUCUCCAUUGAGCGGGUUGAGUUCCCCGGCAUUUUCGCCGUGCAUUUUGUUGUGUAUGGUAUCCUCGGGCGUGGUGGACAAGGAGGUGGAAGUCCCGGUCUCGAUCUUGGACACACCGAUCAGUGGCUUUCAACCAAGUAG